AUUCAGUAAUUCAGGAUAGGCUAUUUUAUACCUCUUUAUAUUCACGAACAAAUACAGCAUCUAAUGACAAUACGAUCGAUCAAUUAAAAGUUCAAGAAUUCGCAAUUUCAAAAUAUAUAUCAAUUCAAGAAUCUACAAUUUUAAAAUAUACAUUAAAUAUUGAAGUUAUAAGUGAAAAAAUCAGAAUUAUUGCUUGUGCUCUCAUAGAGGAUAAAACUUUAGAAACUUUUCAUUAG